GGAGCUGCAGUCCAGACCUAUCUCCUAGAGAAAACUCGAGUGUCCUGCCAGGCUUCCAGCGAGAGGAACUUCCACAUCUUCUAUCAGAUCUGCAAAGGAGCCAGUGAGGAUGAGAGGGUUCACUGGCACCUCCCCAAAGGAGCUGCCUUUUCCUGGCUGCCUAAUCUGGACAGGACCUUGGAAGGUCCUAGCUGGGCUGCUGCACCUUGGCAAUAUCUUGUUUGCUGACUCAGAGGAUGAAGCCCAGCCCUGCCGCCUGAUGGACAGUGCCAAAUGCCCCAUCAGGACGUCAGCCUUGCUGCUGCGGCUCCCCGAGGACACACUGCUGGAGACCCUGCGGAUUAGGACCAUCAGGGCAGGCAGGCAGAGGCAGGUGUUCCAGAAGCCCUGCUCCCGAGCCGAGUGCGACACUCGCAGAGACUGUCUGGCCAAGCUGGUCUACUCCCGGCUUUUUGACUGGCUGGUGUCGGUGAUCAACAGCAGCAUCUGCGCAGACCCUGACUCCUGGACCACUUUCAUAGGCCUGCUGGACGUGUACGGGUUUGAGUCAUUUCCUCACAACAGUCUGGAACAGUUGUGCAUCAAUUACACCAAUGAGAAGCUGCAGCAGCACUUUGUGGCCCACUACCUAAGAGCUCAGCAGGAAGAGUAUGCACAGGAGGGACUGGAGUGGUCAUUUGUCAACUACCGGGACAACCAGACAUGUUUGGAUCUCAUCGAGGGGAGCCCCAUCAGCAUCUGCUCCCUCAUAAAUGAGGAGUGCCGCCUGAAUCGUCCAAGCAGUGCGGCCCAACUCCAGAUGCGCAUUGAGAGUGCCCUGGCAGGAAGUCCCUGCCUGGGCCAGGACAAGCUCAGCCGGGAGCCCAGCUUCAUUGUGAUGCAUUACGCGGGGCCUGUGCGGUACCACACAGCAGGCCUGGUAGAGAAGAACAAGGACCCUGUUCCCCCUGAGCUGACUGAACUCCUGCAGCAAUCCCAGGACCUUUUGCUCCGGGUACUGUUUCCUCCUGACACUGAAGAGAAGACCCAGGAGGAGGAGCCCUCAGGCCAGAGCAGGGCCCCUGCAUUGACCGUGGUAUCCAAAUUCAAGGCCUCCCUGGAGCAGCUCCUGCAGGUCCUCCACAGCACUACCCCGCACUACAUUCGCUGUAUCAAGCCCAACAGCCAGGGCCAGGCACAGACCUUCCUCCAGGAAGAGGUCCUGAGCCAGUUGGAGGCGUGUGGCCUGGUGGAGACCAUUCACAUCAGUGCUGCCGGCUUUCCCAUUCGGAUCUCUCACCAGAACUUUGUGGAAAGGUAUGGGUUACUGAGAAGGCUCUGUCCUCAUACAUCCUCAGGCCUCCACAGCCCAGAUCCUGCCAAGGGGUGCUCUGAACGGACCCCACAGGCAGACUCGGCCAUGCUGCUGUCUCUGCUCCAGGACAUUCUCCAUAUCCCGCCAGCUCUAACUCAGACGGCAGCCACAGCUGUCCAGCCCGCCGACACCAUGGCAGCUUCAGUGCACUGCGGCAAGACCAAGGUCUUCAUGACCAACUCUGUGCUGGAGCUUCUGGAACAUAGGCGUGUCCAGGUGCUGGAACAAUGUGCUCGUUGCAUCCAGCGUGGCUGGAAGCGCCACCAGCACCGAAAGCAGGAGCGGCGAAGGCAGGCCGCUGUGUGCAUUCAGGCAGCUGCUCGUUCCUGGUUAACUCGGAAACACAUCCAGAGGCUGCACAAAGCUGCCACAGUCAUCAAGCACGCAUGGCGGCAGUGGAGAAUGAGAAUGGCCUUUCUUGCGUCUGAAGAACUGGAUGGUGUAGAAGAAAAAUACUCAGCUGUGGCUCCCCAGUCCUGGAGCGUCUCCCCACUGCGCCCAGAGCAGACCAAGCUCCAGGGGGCAAUUGUCCGCCUCUGGCCCCUCGGACUGGUCCUGGCUAACGCGUGUGUGGGCGUCCGUGGCCUUCAGAGGAAACUAGUGGUCUGUGCCUGCCUUCAGCUCCCCAGAGGCAGCCCUCGUGGCUACACUAUCCAAACAGCACAAGGCCAGGCUGGGGUCACGUCCAUCCGAGCACUGCCUCAGGGCCCGAUAAAGUUUCACUGCAAGAAGUCUCCCCUGCGCCAUGCUGACAUCUGCCCCGAGCCUCGGCCCUGCCAUGUCACUGGCUUUAAUCAGAUUCUGCUGGACAGACACAGGCCAUGACCCCUUCUCAGCCUCAUCCUUCACCUGGCCAGGUGAUCCUAGGUGCCUUUUGUUUCUGCGGGGU